AUGGACUCUCAUCGUACCGUUCCAAUGAGGAAGUUGGCUGGUGUGGAGAUACCAGAUACCGAUCUCAUAAGACUGGCGACUGGUUACGCACGUCAGCACGCCAGCGACGCCUUCUUCAACCACAUUCAGCGAUGCCUAGUGUUCGGCUUCGUUAUCGCUGCCAAGGUCCCCGAGCUUCGCGGACGAGACUUGGAGGUCCAUGCUCUCGCAGCCAUUUUACACGACCUUGGCUUUGACCCUUCCCGGCAAUUGGCCACCAGCUACCGGCGUUGCGAGGUCGAUUCUGCCGAGGCAGCACGAGACUUCCUCGAAAAGCACACAGACCGUAGUGAGUGGCCACCUCAGCGCUUACAGCUGGUAUGGGAUGCGAUUGCUUUGCACGCCGUUGGAAGCAUCGCCUUCCACAAAGAGCCAGAGGUGAAGGCCUCCACUUACGGUGUUUGGGCCGAUUUUCAAGGCCCUGAGGGUGUGCAUGGUGGACUUCUGACUGAUUCCGAGUACGACAGAGUUGUCCAAGAGUUUCCUCGCCUCGCUAUUAUUGAGCGUAUGAAGGAAGCCUGGAUCGAGCAGUGCACCUGGAAGCCCGAAACCACGUACGACACUGCAGGAGCCGACAUUGGCGACGAAUAUAUUGAGACGUAUAGCAGAAAAGGACACACCGUUCUCGAUUUCCUCAACGGUUGCAAUCUUGACACGGUCGAUCGUUCCAGCAAGUAG